CUGUCUGUUUCGCCCCUGCCACCUUCCGCACCCCUCUUUGGCUUCUUUGCCACUCCGGGAGGGGUGGGAGGAGGAACUGCACUUUCUUUUUGUGCGUGUGAGCGUACCUUUUCCUGCACCGACGUUCUCUCUCGCAGCCGCUCCGAACCCGCGCCGAGAUUUUUCCUUUAUUUUGUUUUGUUUUUCUUUUCAGCGUUCGCAUUUCUUUCUUUAUUCUCACUCCAGAGAUGCAGGAGGAGUUAGGAAGCUCAGGGACGGAUGGGGGUUUCGUUUAUCCUUUUUUCUCCCCUCCUCGCCAGCUCUUGAAGGACCAGAAGAAAAACUAAACCAAACAUUUUAUUCUCCGACGGCGUCUCCCCCUCCUGCCCCUCUCCGCCGGACCGGUGAAUUAACAAAACCGCACGUUACACCACCAUUACCCCCUCCUUCCAAAAAAAAAAAAAAGAAAAAAAAAAAAGAACAACAAAAAAAAAAAUAGAGAAGAAAGAAAGGAGGGAGCGACGCAUUGUUACCCCGGGCCGCGGCGGAACAAAGCCGGCAGCUCCGCGCCGGGCUCCGCGCAACGCGCAGCGGGCUUCGGGCUCCGCGCCCCGGGCUCCGCGCCCGGCCCGGCCCGGGAACGGCGGCGGGGGCGGGCGGAGGUUCCGCGGGCCGCCGCGGGGAAGGAGAAGCCGAAGGGGCGGGGGAGAGGGAAUAAUCCCGGCUGGUGCUAUCGCCGCAUCCCUUUUGUUAUUUAUCGCGAUCGGGGAAGAGGAGGAAGAAGAGCGGGGGAGACGGCAAUUUCCCCCCCCCCCCCCAAAAAAAAACCCACAACCAACCCCGACUGGCAGCAGCUGCCGGUGCGUUGCAGCCCGCUGCCCCGAAUUAACGGGCGGAGGCAGACUUUGAUGGGGGAAAAGCUUUUUUUCUCCCCUGAUGCAUCGUAAGUAACUUAAGUUGUUAUUUAUACUCCGCAAACAAACACGGCGAUAACAUCUCCCAUCUCCGGAGCGCUGGAGGCCGCGGCGAGGGAUGAGAUCUGCCUUUCCCCAUCCGAGCAGGACACUUUUCCGCUCGUAAUUCAUUUGAUUUGAUUUUGAUUUUUUAAUUUUUCCAUGCUCCGUUUCCGGAGGGCCAUUUGAACUGUAAAGGAAUCGCCGAGGGGGCGAGGGGACCUGGAGAGAGAGGCUGUCCAAACGACUCCGCCGAGGCUCCUCCGCCCCCCUCCAAGAUGAUGCUUAGCCCGGACCAAGCUGCCGACUCCGACCACCCCUCCUCGGCCCCCUCCGACCCGGAGUCCCUGGGCGGUGCGGACGCCCAGGCUCUCAGCUGCUGCGUCUCCGAUCCGGAGCCGGCGGAGGGCGGCGGCGGCGGCGGCGGCGGCGGCGGCGGCGGCGGCGGGGAGGGCCGGGGGGGGGGCCGGCCCGGUCUGCACCCGCCGCCGUUAAGCCGGGAAGAGAAACGAAGGCGGCGACGAGCCACGGCCAAGUAUCGUUCUGCCCACGCCACGCGGGAACGGAUCCGCGUGGAGGCCUUCAACCUGGCCUUCGCCGAGCUGCGCAAGCUGCUGCCCACCCUGCCCCCGGACAAGAAGCUCUCCAAGAUCGAGAUCCUGCGCCUCGCCAUCUGCUACAUCUCCUAUCUCAACCACGUCCUGGACGUGUAGACCACCCCCCCCCCCCCCCGCCCCCCCGGACCGCCCCGGCGGACACCCCCCCCCCCCCCCGGAGCUCCGGUCCCCGUCGUCGGGGCGCCGUCUGUCCGUCUGUCCGGCCGUCCGCCCCGGGUCCGGCCCCGGCGGGCAGCGGCUUCCCCCGGGGCGAGCGGGGGGGGGGGGGGGUGUCCCCGCCGUCCUGCUCUCUGUCCCGUGUGUCGUCCCCCGCAACCCGGGGGCUGUCCCGCACGGUGACGGUGCGGCCGGCCGGGAGCCCGUUUUUUCGAAGAGAAGUGUAAAACCGGAUUGUUUCUUCAGGCUGUCAAGUGCCCCUUUAUAUAUAUCCAAAAACAUCUACUUGUGACCUUAAACGUGUGACCCAUGGGUGCAGUUAAAAAUAACUAUUUUUUAUUUAUGGUAGAAGGAGUUGACAAUUUAUUUUUUUCAAGAUUUAUUUAUUUUUCAGAGUGGUGGCAAUUUUACUUUGGAUACUUUGUGCCAAUUGGUUUCUAUAGUCGGGUGUUUACACUUUAUCCUGUGGAAUAUUAUGUUUAACUUUAUGAGUGUUCGUUGGGAUCAAUACAGUGUUCCUUUGCCUUCUUUUUAAUUUAUUUUUUUCCCCUCCAAUUAUAUUGCACUUGUGUACCACAAACCUUCCCUUCCUCCCUGUUUAUAACUAUAUAUUUUAUAUAUAUCAA